UAAAAAAGUGUGAGCAGUCAAGAUGGACGUGUAGAUAAUUUUCGUGUGAAAUAUUUUAUUCAGGUGCUUGUAAAUGGUGAGAAUAAUUAAUGAACUCUCUAUAUUCAUAUCCUUUUUAAUUAAGAACUCAAAGUUUGUAACAAGUGUAAAUAAACCACCAAGAUGUAUAAUGGUAUUGGAUUGACUACACCGCGAGGUUCCGGAACUAAUGGUUAUGUGCAAAGAAAUUGGGCUUCAGUAAGAAAAACCAAAGAUUCUGUAAACUACAGAACUGAAGAGGAGAUAGCGAAAUUGGAUUCCGCAUCCAAUAAACAGCCGAACCGUGAAAUCUUGGAUCAUGAGAGGAAAAGGAAGAUCGAAGUGAAAUGUGCAGAACUAGAGGACACUUUGGAACAGGAAGGGUUGCCGCGAGAGGAGAUCGCGGCGCGGGUGGCAGCCUUCAGGGCGAAGUUGGCGGAGGCCGGCGGCGAAAAAGACGUGCCCAGGGACGAAUUCGGGAGGGUAGCCGUGCGCGAGACGCACGCGAUCGCGGAAGCGCAGCAGGAGAAGAACGCUCGGCUUCGGGACGCCUUCGGGAUCUCGCCACGCUUCGUGGAGGGCAGCAGCCUGGACGAGCGGCGGGCCCGGGAGCAGGCGCAGCGGUACCCGCUGGUGCGGACGCCCAGCAACGAGCGGGAGGAGCGCGACGCGCACGUGGCCAAGAAAAAAAAGAAGCGAAGCAGUUCAGAAGGCAAAAAACUGAAGAAGAAAAAGUCGAAAAAGAAUAAAAAAGAAAGGCAAGAGUCAAGCAAGAAAAAGAAGAAACGCUCCAAGUCUUCUAACUCCGACACUUCCAGUAGCUCGGAGCAGGAGAGCGACUCCGACAGCUCUGGCGAUGAGAAGCAGAAAAAGAAAAAAAAGAAAAAGUCGAGUGGCAGACGACGGGGCGGCAGCGACGGGUCCAGUCGGGACAGUUCCGAAUCUGAACCCGAACCACCCCACAAGAACAGAUCCGAGAAGAGAGACAAACGACCCCACGACAGAGAGAGGAGUGUAUCUCAACCGCCGGAGAAGAGACGCCGCAGGAGCCCCUCGCUUGACUACGAGCGGAGCGACACCUACUACAACAAGGCCAAGGAGCCUGUCCCGAGCUACAGCAGGAACCAUCGGGACAGUGCCCCGCGGGACGCCCGGGACCUGCGCCGAAGCGACUCCCCGCGACACCGGGACCCGCGCCGAAGCGAAUCCCCGCGACACCACCGCCGCCGGGAAGACUCCCGGGACAAAGAAUACAGAACAGAGAGAGACGACAAAUACCGAACAGAGAGAGACGAUAAAUACGAGAAAAAGAAAAAGAGAGACAGGGAGAGAUACGACGAUGAACCGCCCCGCCGCAGAGACAGAGAAGAAAACGGCGAACCCUCCCGAAACCGGAAAAAUCGAAGCCCGGACCAAGACCGACGCGACAGGGACUCCUCGCCCGAGUACAAGGAGCGAUCUCCGGUGAAUAAAAACUACAGGAGUAAGGAGCCUCGCAAAGAUGUAGAACGGUCUUACCGAAACUGUUCCCCGCGCGAAAGCAGCCGGGACCCGCGGAGGAGCGAGUCUCCCCGCCACAGGAGCCGGCGGGAGGACUCCAGGGACAAAGAGUACAGAACUGACAGAGAUGACAAAUACAAGAAAAAGAGAGACAGAGAGAGAUACGAAGAAGAACCGCCGCGACGCAGAGAUAGAGAAGAAAACGGCGAAUUUUCGCGAAGUCGGCGGAAUCGAAGCCCAGUAGAAGACAGACGUGACAGAGAAUCGUCGCCGGAAUACAAGGAGCGAUCUCCGGUAAACAAAAACUACAGGAAUAAAGAAUCUCGCAAGGACGUAGACCUACCGUACAGAAAGUCGCGGCCCGACAGGAAGGAGUCGUCCGAGUCCGAAUCUGAGCCGGAGCGUAAGCCGAGGUCGGAGAUAGUUAAGAAAUCCAAGUAUUACAAAGACAGAAGCGCUUCCCGCGAGCCCGAGGAGCAGAAGCGAAGGAGUCCGUCACCGGAACCCAGGAGACGAAGCCCGUCGCCUUCCACUAGCCGACAGGAUAAACACAGACAAGCUGAAAAACCGAGAGUCGUUGAAAACCAUCAGGAUAGUCGAUCCAGGAAAAGGUCUCCGUCUCCCGAAGUAAAAGUGGCUCGACGCAGGCCGUCGCCGAGCCGGUCGCGAUCCACAUCGCCCGCGAGAAAGUCAGCUAAAAAGGAUAAACUGAAAGUUGAGACCGCGAGUACGUCUAAAGCGAGAAAAUCGCCAGACGCGCGGACGGCUUCGCCGAAGCCCGACGUCAGCGAUAGGGAAGCGAGAGAUAGAAGCGUCGACAGGCGGGAUAAUCGCCACGAAGAACUAGACGACGAUCGCUCCGAAUCAAAGAAAAAGAAGAAGAAAUCGCGCUCCCGAUCUGUGCAGAAGAGUCGAAGCACGUCGAGUCUCAGUUACUCACCCGCCCGAAGGAGCCCCGAGCGCUACCGAGACAUCAUCGAAAGAUUGCCCGAAAAGGACAAGCGAAAGUAUAUCAAAUCGCCGUCCGAUUUAGAUCCAAAGAAGAGGAAAAAGGGCGACAAAUCCAACUACAAACCGAAAGCAGUAUGCCUGAGGAGUUCGUGCAGCGACAACGAGGUGUCUGAAGAAGAAGAUUUCCUGGGCGUCGACGAACGGGCUCGUCAGGACCAGUUCGAAUUACGAGAGAUGAAUAAGUUGAAGGAAAAAUUAGCCAAGAUGGCGAGCGGGAUGUUGACAGAAAUGUCUGAGCCGUCGACGUCGCAAGCGGGGCGGAGUUCCAGCGCUCCGAGGAAUCCAACUACUGGGGAGAGUAGUGGUAGAAGGGAGGAGAGUAGUAGAAGGGAGGAGGGUAGUAAAAGGGAGGAAGGUAGCAGAAGGGAGGGCAGCAACAGAAGGGAGGAAGAGAGACCGCGGAGCCCUGCUAAAGGUUCCCCCAAGUCGGGGCGAAGCACCCGGCCUACAGAAAGUUCUCCGGAGAGGCGGCGCAGGCGCAGCCGCUCGCGAGGCAGCUGGACGUCGCGGUCGCGGUCCCGGUCGCGGUCGCGUUCGCGGUCACGAUCACGAUCCAGGUCCCGCUCGUCGCGGUCACGCUCCCGAUCGUAUUCGUCGUCCAGGCGCUCGCGUUCGUCUCGCUCCAGCUCGUACAGCAGCCGCAGUUCGUCUCGCUCUUCGCGCAGCUCGUCGCGCUCCACGCGCUCCUCACGAACAAUGACGGGCGUGUACGCCGAUUACCGUAGAUCCAGCGACACGCGCCCGCGCUCGCGAUCGCCGUCUAUCCCGCGGCGCGCCGGAUCGCCGUCGUUCCUCGACCGUCGCCGCAUCACGAGCGCUAGGAAGCGGCCGAUCCCUUACCGGCGGCCCACGCCUUCCACGGCUUCGACCGGGAGCUACUACAGCAGCCGCUCCUCGCAGCGCAGCUGGUCACGAUCUCCCAAGCCAGAAAGAGAGUAACUGCAGCCGUCAGCGACUGGGCCGAGCUCCGGGUGACGUCAGCAACUGGGCCGGACUCCGGGUGACGUCAGCAACUGGGCCGGACUCCUGGUGACGUCAGCAACUGGGUCGGACUCCUGGUGACGUCAGCUGCCAUCAUCCCGAAGUAACAGGCCCCAGAAUCUCGAAUGUAAAAUAACAUCAAUGAUGGGUAACCAGUCGGACUGGUCCGAAUGGCUCUACACUAAUUCUAAUAAAAGAUUGGAUACUAAUGUACUAAACAUACUAACUGUAAGGGGGCAGUCCGACUCUGUAGGUAACAGUAUUCAAAUAGCCCUGCUAGUGUUCAGGCGACGGUCGCUAUCAAAUUAACCGUAUUGUAGAUACUAGAUGAAUUAAUUUGCACUAAGAUACAAAGGUGUCUGGAGCUAUAGGAAACAUCAGGAUUAAACUUUGGAUAAAAUUCGGCUUUUUGGGCAAAAAAUAAAAGACACUCGCGUGAUACAAGGCGUACCAACGUACCACCAAAAGUUCGCGCAUAUAACGCCAGCCCAUAAUACCUGUUGUUUACUAAAAUUGUUUAUUUGUGACUGCUUGCGAAACUUUAUAUUUUUGUUACCAAGUUAUUUUCAAAGAUGGAGUACGUAGACAAUAAAUUAAUUGUCUGAAAUGUAAAUUCGUAAGUGGUCGACAAUAUUACAAUAAUUGGAAACAUUUAACAGCAUUUACGACAUGAAUCAUUUGCUGAUAAUCAGCUAUGGAAUGAUUUGAUAAGCUUCAUCAGUCUAGAUAUAAAAAUGGAUAUGUAGAAUAAUGUAUAAGGUUAUCACGAUUCGCGUACCUGGUCUCUUUGCAAUCCAUAGGAUUACUUCAAUAAUAGUUAAGAGUUUACCAGAUACUUCAUUUUACUACUUAGAAAUUUUUAUCUUGGCACCCAACGAAGAAUGGUGCAGUUACGUAAUUGUGUAAUCUUGUCACAAAGGAUUACUCAACGAUAAUUUAGUUUUUAU